AUGCGCCGCCAGGGCAAGGAGCCGACGCAGCGGAGUAUACUGCUCCCUGUUGGUUCCUUUACGGUGGAUGCCGAACGUGCGGAGGAGGCUCGGUGCAUGGGCGGGCUCUCGCCGAAGUCUGGGGGCAUCGUUACGCCUCGCCGCAUAGUGCGCAGCUUGAACGCCUCCCCGGCCGUGACCCGCCUCGUCCCGCUAGACGGCGUCUCUGAGCGGCCCCUGUCGGUGGAGACGAGCAGCGGCACGCUACUCAGCGAGGAGGUUCUGGAGGACGUCAUCAGUGAGCCAGUGAGCGCGACGUGCGCGCCGCGUGAAAAGUUUCCCGCGUUGGGGGCACACGGGAGCCCGGUCGUCAAGGCGCCGCCGUCGCUGGACCCUGGCACCUCGGCGAGUCUGAGUCACAGCCGAACGCGAGGGACGAACGGGGAUUCCUCGUAUUCGUCCUCUUCCCUCCUUGCCGGUUCCUCCACCCACAUGCUUUCCCACGACUACACCGACGUGUUUGACCCGGAAAGCGUGCAUAGCUGCAGCCUGACGGGCGUUGGCGACAAGUUCGGCGCAAUGAGUGUGAGCCACCGGACCUCCACCCCCGCCGCCGCGGCAGUUGCGGUCGCCGCCAACGCUUUCACCACGGGCGCCGCCGCCGUCAAAGAGAGCAACAAGGAGACAGAAAGCAGCAUUGUGCCGGUCCUUGCGGGCCGUGAGGGCUCCAACGCAGUGGAGGUUGGACGCCGACGAAAGAUUAUAAACGUGCGGCGCGAGGAACGCAUUGGGCGUGGCGGGUUUGGCGACAUCUUUCGCGCCGUUGACCUUGACACGGGUCUGCCCCUUGUGGUGAAGGAGGUUCUGGUGAUGGCGGACGUUGGCAAAGACGUGGAGCAGCAGCUCCGCGCGUUAGAGCGCGAGAUACGCGUAAUGCGUAAGCUGAACCACAAACAUAUCGUAUGCUACUACUCCGCCCGACGCGAGGAGUCGAACUGCGCACUACAGAUUUAUAUGGAGUACGUUGGCGGGGGCACCAUUGCGCAGAAGCUUCGGGCCAAUGGCCCCUUUUCCGAGGACGAGACGCGGAAUUACACCCGGCAACUGCUGGAGGGACUUGAAUACCUCCACCAGCGACGCAUUGUGCACCGCGACCUGAAGGGCGACAACUUGUUUCUCACGGAGGAUGGGGUGCUGAAGGUGGGAGACUUUGGCACUAGUAAAGAGCUGCAAACGACGCUCGUGACAGACAGUGUCGCAGGCACCCCGAAUUUCAUGGCCCCGGAGGUUAUUGCCUGCAGUGGUCACAGCUGCAUGGCCGACAUCUGGUCGGUGGGUUGCUGCGUGCUGGAGAUGCUGACGGGACACCCACCCUUCUGGAACCUAGACAACCACAUGGCGGUGAUGUUUGCCAUAAUGAAGGGGCGAUUGGAGGAGCAGGUGCCGCCGCACAUCUCCGCAAACGCCAAGGAAUUCAUUAGCCUGUGCCUACGCAGUGACCCGAAGGAGCGGCCCUCCGCGGCGCAGCUGCAGCAACACCUUUGGCUGCGGUGCAAAGAAAAGGAUGGGACCGCAGAAAGCCACGCACAGUCGUACCUUUCCCUGUCAAGCGCGGAACUGGCGAAGGAGCAUGGGAAGCAAAUGGAGGCGGGGGAGGCCGCCAUGCACGAAGCGCCGCCGCCACCGCUUAGUAAGGAGGUGUUUCCGAACAGCACGGCGCCGGUCGUGGCGGUCAUCGCUGAGCGAGGCAGCGGUCGCGGUGGGGACCCCGCCGACGGCCCCCAAAAUGGGGACCGGAAGGCAAAGAAAGGGAGGCAGUUGCUAGGCCCGUCCGCGCCCUCGGCGCAUCCGUCUUCUUCGACCACUGCACACUCCAGCGGGCGGGCGCUCUACCCACGGCCUCCCAUCACCACCGCGUUGAAGAAGGCUCCGUUGAGCCCUCACGUAAAUCCCACCACAAGCGACUCACCCGCUCACAGGAAUGGCGUGAAGCGGGCCAAAAGCCGCCCCAGCCUUGGCCGUGGUGCGGCUGGCAGCAAUGGUGGUGUGGACCCCCACCGCAACGGGCAGAGAAGGAACAGCACGGCUUCAGGGGCGUCUGCCGGUGAAAAAUCGACCAGAGUUAAGCGGCACGUCAAGGCAGGGGUGGAGGCCACAACGUGUUCCACUCGCUGA